AUGAAGCUCCAAUCUCUUCUUCUCCUGGCAUUUAGCCUGAGUGCUUCUGUUUCGGCCAUUCCACAGGAUCCAGUCGAUUCAGUGAAUAUCCAGCCACAACCCCACAGACCCACGGCAACCACAUCCAAGAUAAAGCACAAGACAGUCAGGACCAAAGCCAAAACCAAAACCACCACCAAGAUCCACAAGCCAACAGGAAGACCCUGUGCAGGCAACACGCCCCGAACACGGUCCAAAUGGUGCCAAUAUGAUGUCGAGACUGAUUAUACGAGAAUAGUACCUGAAACGGGAAUAACCAGGGAGUACUGGCUCAAUAUCGAAGAGCUAGUAGCAGCACCAGAUGGGUUCAGCCGGCCAGUAAUGGCCAUGAACGGGACGAUCCCCGGCCCAACAAUCUUCGCAGACUGGGGCGACUGGGUCGUGAUCCACGUCAAGAACAGCCUACACAAUUCCCAGAAUGGAACGAGCAUCCACUGGCACGGGAUCAGACAGAACCACACGAAUGGCAACGACGGCGUGGUCUCCAUCACGCAAUGUCCGACUGCACCAGGCUCAACCAUAACCUAUAAGUGGCGGGCCGAGCAAUACGGUUCGUCGUGGUACCAUUCCCACAUUGGACUGCAGGCGUGGGAGGGUGUCUUUGGCGGGAUUGUGAUCAAUGGCCCUGCUACGGCGAACUACAAUGUCGAUAAGGGCAGUUUGUUCCUGACGGACUGGUCGCAUCCUACUGUUGAUCAGCUGUUUUUGGAGGCUCAGACGGUUGGUCCGCCGACGAUGGACACUGGCUUGAUUAACGGGACGAAUGUCUUUGGUAAUGGGACCAAUUCUACCGGCCAGCGGUUCGAGAUGAAGGUUAAUCAGGGGUCUUCGUACCGGCUGAGGAUUGUUAAUUCCGCUAUUGAUACGCACUGGAAGUUCAUGAUUGAUAAUCAUACGCUUACUGUUAUUGCGGCGGACUUUGUGCCGAUCAGGCCGUAUACGACGAACUAUAUCGAUAUUGGAAUGGGCCAACGCUAUGACGUGAUCAUAAGACCAAGUUGGCGCCAACGCCAGAUCUCCGACUCAUUCUGGAUCCGCGCAAUUCCACAAGCAGCAUGCUCUGAAAGCGCAAAUCCAGAUAACAUAAGAGGAAUCCUCUACUACGAAAAUGUUGCUAGCACACCCACAACGAACCCCUUCACCUUCUCGGACGAAUGCAUCGACGAGCCAGCCUCCCGACUAAUCCCCCAAGUUCCCAAGACCGUCUCAGCCGCAGACUGGAAUAACCUAACGGACGUCACAUUGGGCCGGAAUAAUGCCAACCUGUUCCGCUGGUACCUCAACAGCACGACUAUGCAAGUCCUCUGGGAAGAGCCUACAUUACUACAACUCUUCAACAACGAAAACACGCCGAACUUCACGGCGUCGAGUGGAGUUAUUGAGCUGCCGCGGGCGCACGAGUGGGUAUAUCUCAUGAUAAACACCAGUUUCCCGGUGGCACAUCCUAUCCAUUUGCACGGACAUGAUUUCUUUGUUUUAGCGCAGGGGUCGAAUCCGUGGAAUGGGAGUGUUGUGACUAAUAACCCGCCGCGGAGGGAUACGGCGAUGUUGAAUGGGAAUGGGUUUUUGCUUAUUGCGUUUGAAACGGAUAAUCCCGGGGCGUGGCUUAUGCAUUGUCAUAUUGGGUGGCAUACGAGUGAGGGCUUUGCGUUGCAGUUUUUGGAGAGGGAGAGUGAGAUUGAGCCGCUGAUUGAUCGGAAGGCGCUUGAGGAUAAUUGCGCUUCUUGGAAUGCUUAUGAUGCGGCUUUUGAUAUUGACCAGGAGGAUUCCGGGGUUUAG